CCUUGUUCAUCUUCGUCAAAGAAUAAAAAAGUAUAAUUUAAACAUUUCAAUGACGAUGCCAAAAUCAUUUUUGGUGAGAAAUACAAUUCGUCAAUUUGGAGAAGAAACACUGAGAAUGGACGCUAUGACCAGUGCCUUUCAGCUGGUGGUGCCAAAAAACGUACCAGAUAUUUCCAAAUCAGAUCUUCAACACGGUCCUUUUGCCUCAUCCAUCCUCCAUUUCCGAGACAACGCGUGGCCAGCACGUGCGACACUUGACGCAGAGAAGAUAAGCACGAUUGGAGGAAAUUUUACAGCAUUUAGACCCUGGCAAGAAAGAAAAGACGACGAUGCUGAAUCAUCUUGGAUUUGGCCGAUGAACCUACUUCCGUAUAUGUAUGGUGGGUGGACGGGAAGUCUUGGGGUGGACGCUAGGUGUCUUCUACAAAACUUGCUGCUGUCUUACAACUGUUUUGGUGGUUACCCGUUUCGUUAUCCGUAUAUUCCGGAUAACACUAACGACAAGGACGUUUGUACCGAAGACCAAGAAAGUCUUCAGGGAGAGCUAUCACCAGGACCAUGCGCAAGUACAUACGAAUGCGCCAAAUGCAACAAACUGUUCAGUACAUCUCAUGGAUUGGAGGUGCACGUGCGACGUUCUCACAGCGGCACGAGACCCUACGCCUGCGACGUAUGCAACAAGACGUUUGGUCACGCGGUUAGCCUUGACCAACACAAGCUUGUUCACACUCAUGAGAGGACAUUUGAGUGUAAACAAUGUGGAAAGGGAUUCAAACGUUCAUCCACCCUGUCAACACACCUCCUCAUCCACAGUGAUACCAGACCAUACCCAUGCCCAUACUGUGGCAAGCGUUUCCACCAAAAGUCCGACAUGAAGAAGCAUACCUACAUACACACAGGAGAGAAGCCUCACAAAUGUUUACAAUGUGGUAAAGCCUUUAGCCAGUCCUCCAAUCUCAUCACUCACAGUCGGAAACAUACAGGAUUCAAACCUUUCGCGUGCGACAAAUGUGGCCGAGCCUUCCAGAGAAAGGUGGACCUCCGACGUCAUGUUGAAACCCAGCACAGCAUGACAAUGGACAGCGGUUUACAACAAUCUCUGCUGUUACCAUUCCACAUUUCGGCCCGACAAUAGGAGUCACAUUCUACAUUCCGGGUCGACACAGGGCGUCACAUUCUAUAUUCCGGACGACAGUAUGCGUCGUAUUCUAUAUUCCGGACGACAGUAUGGGUCACAUUCUAUAUUCCGGACGACAGUAUGGGUCACAUUUUAUAUUCCGGACGACAGUAUGGGUCACAUUUUAUAUUUCGGACGACAGUAUGGGUCACAUUCUAUAUUCCGGGGCGACAUUAUGGGUCACAUUUUAUAUUCCGGACGACAGUAUGGGUCACAUUUUAUAUUCCGGACGACAGUAUGGGUCACAUUUUAUAUUCCGGACGACAGUAUGGGUCACAUUCUAUAUUCCGGGGCGACAUUAUGGGUCACAUUUUAUAUUCCGGACGACAGUAUGGGUCACAUUUUAUAUUCCGGACGACAGUAUGGGUCACAUUUUAUAUUCCGGACGACAGUAUGGGUCACAUUCUAUAUUCCGGGGCGACAGUAGAGCAGGGAUUUCGUUUCUACAUGUGAACGCUUUACCUUGGUUCAGCUGACAGCUGGUGUAUGUACCCUGCCUGUUGUGGUUGCGUACUGACUAUUCCUGAUGUUGAUAUAUUUAUUUGUGACGAUGGAAUGGAUCGAACGCUAUGAAAGUGAUAUCAGUGAUAUCAAAAAUCACAUAACUAUCAUUUUAUCAGUGAGUAGUAUAAUACAUAACGCUUAUUAUACUUAUCAUGUUAUCACGUCCAUAGUAUACUGACCAUGUUAUCAACGUUAUAACGUCCAUAGUAUACUGACCAUGUUAUCAACGUUAUAAACUUCAUAGAAUACUGAUCAUGUUAUCAACGUUAUAACGUCCAUAGUAUACUGACCAUGUUAUCAACGUUAUAACGUCCAUAGUAUACUGACCAUGUUAUCAAAGUUAUAACGUCCAUAGUAUACUGACCAUGUUAUCAACGUUAUAACGUCCAUAGUAUACUGAUCAUGUUAUCAACGUUAUAAACUCCAUAGUAUACUGAUCAUGUUAUCAACGUUAUAACGUCCAUAGUAUACUGACCAUGUUAUCAACGUUAUAACGUCCAUAGUAUACUGACCAUGUUAUCAACGUUAUAAACUUCAUAGUAUACUGACCAUGUUAUCAACGUUAUAACGUCCAUAGUACACUGACCAUGUUAUCAACGUUAUAGCGUCCAUAGCAAAAUUAUAAUAUAAUUAUCGCGUUAUCAGCGUUAAAAAAUCCAUAGCCAAAUUACAACAUAAUUAACAUUCCGUAAGCGUUAUAACAUCCAUAGCUUUAUUUUAAAAUUGUUAUCACGCCAUUAGCAUUUUAACAACCAAACCAUAAGUAUAGCAUAAUAAUCAUGUUAUCAACGUUAUAACAUGCAAAGCAUAAUUAAAGCAUAAUCAUUAAAGCACGAUUAUCAUGUUAGUACUGUAGCCUAUCCUAGCCUGUAUAUUAUGUUGACUAUACAUCUUCCUUGCGCUUCAAUACGGAAUAAGUCCAAAAAUAUCGGCAAUUAUUUCUUUUUGUACGGAGUUAUGUCCCGUAUAGGUCCACCUAGUGUUACUUUUGAUUGGAUGACGUCCCCUUUGUGUCCGCCCUAUGUUACUUUUGAUUGGAUGACGUCCCCUUUGUAUCCUCCCUAUGUUACUUUUGCUUGGAUGACGUCCCCUUUGUGUCCGCCCUAUGUUACUUUUGAUUGGAUGACGUCCCCUUUGUAUCCUCCCUAUGUUACUUUUGAUUGGAUGACGUCCCCUUUGUAUCCGUCCUAUUGUUCUUUCGUACGAAUUACGUCCCCUUUGUAUCCGCCCUAUUGUUCUUUCGUACGAAUUACGUCCCCUUUGUAUCAGCCCUAUAGUUCUUUCGUACGAAUUACGUCCCCUUUGUAUCAGCCCUAUAGUUCUUUCGUACGUAUUACGUCCCCUUUGUAUCCGCCCUAUUGUUCUUUCGUACGAAUUAUGUCCCCUUUGCAUCCGACAUAUAGUUCUUUCGUACGAAUUAUGUCCCCUUUGUAUCAGCCCUAUAGUUCUUCCGUACGUAUUACGUCCCCUUUGUAUCCGCCCUAUUGCUCUUUCGUACG